AUGUCGGAGUUGCGGCGACGUAUCCUCGGCUCUGGCGAGAACGACGACUCGUCUGAUAGCUCGCGUGAGCAUAGUCCGGCACCUGCACCCACGGAUGCUGGCGGAGAGGCAUAUCGAGUUAUUCCGAAGGAGAAGCUCGACAAGCUCAAGCAGAGCAAAUCAAGAGGUGGCAAGAGGCGUAAUGCAUGGGUGUUCGGGCUUGGGAGUCUGUUCGGGCUCUUCGUCGCUGGAUACUUCGCGAGCAGCAAUGGGAGUCUCGACAAGCUGGUCACGAUGGCAGGACUGGAAGACCUGAACCUGGAUACUGUGCUAGAUGUCCUACCGGCCGGAUUGAUACGCGAUGUGCGGGAUCUACAGGUAUGAAUUGCCAUGCUCCUCAUUACGUGCCACGGAGCUGAUGUUGACAAAGGCCUUUGGAUUUGUAGUCUCGUGAGAAGCAGGCCGUCGAUUACGAUUCGUUCGCAGUCGGAUUACACGCACGCCAAGAAGGCAUCUCUGCCAAAUACCCCGUGAUCAUGAUUCCUGGCGUUAUUUCGACAGGGUUAGAGAGCUGGGGAACAGAGGAUGACUCGCGACAAUACUUUCGCAAGAGAUUAUGGGGUUCUUGGAACAUGAUGCGGGCACUGGUCUUGGACAAGGCGGGCUGGAAGCGCCAUAUAAUGCUGGACAAGAAGACUGGUCUUGAUCCGCCUGGAAUCAAGCUACGGGCUGCCCAAGGUUUCGAUGCUGCAGAUUUCUUCAUUACGGGGUACUGGAUAUGGAACAAGAUAUUGCAGAACCUUGCGUCAGUCGGAUACGACCCGACGAAUGCGUUCACGGCUGCUUACGACUGGCGAUUGAGCUACAUGAAUUAUGAGAAAAGGGACCAGUACUACACCCGGCUGAAGAGCCACAUCGAAGUAGCCAAGCAGGUCAGCGGAGAGAAGGUGGUUCUACUAUCACAUUCCAUGGGAUCGCAAGUCCUGUAUUACUUUCUGCAUUGGGUGGAGGCCGAAGGGCAUGGCAAUGGUGGUCCCUCCUGGGUCGAUGAGCAUGUUGAAGCCUGGAUUAACAUAUCUGGCUGCAUGCUGGGCGCCCUCAAGGAUUUGCCAGCGGUUCUCAGCGGAGAGAUGAGGGACACCGCUCAGUUGAAUGCUUUUGCUGUCUAUGGCCUCGAGAAGUUCCUCUCACGCGCGGAACGCGCCGAGAUCUUCAGAGCUAUGCCUGGUAUCAGCAGCAUGCUACCGAUAGGCGGCAAUGCGGUCUGGGGAGAUCAGUACGGCGCACCAGACGAUCAACCAGAGCAACCGACCACAUUUGGCAAGUUCAUUAGCUUCAAGCAAAGCAACAAUUCGGAGACUGAAAGGAACCUCACGGUGUCUCAAGCCAUCCCGUACUUGUAUAAGAAUACUGAAGACUGGUAUGCGGAGGCGACUCAGCAAAGCUACAGCCAUGGCGUCGCGCAUAGCAGGAAGGUAGUUGAAGACAACCAGAAAAUCCCGGCAAAGUGGAUGAACCCUCUAGAGACACGACUUCCACUGGCGCCGAACAUGAAGAUCUAUUGUUUCUACGGUAUUGGCAAACCUACAGAGCGAGCAUACUUCUAUCGGGAAGAGAAGGACGCUUUCAACCAGUCAUAUGUUGUCAUUGGUAAGUGAACGGCACGCCCCACGCGUAACUUCCCCCGCUGACAUUUGUAGACACAACUGUCAAUACUCCCGACGGUGUCGUCGAUCACGGUGUGGUCAUGGGCGAAGGCGACGGAACAGUCAACCUCAUGUCAACAGGCUACAUGUGCAACAAAGGCUGGCGCAUGAAGCGCUACAAUCCAGCUAACGUCUCCGUAAUUGCAUACGAAAUGCCGCACGAACCAGACCGAUUCAGUCCAAGAGGAGGCCCCAACACAGCCGACCACGUCGACAUUCUCGGUCGAUCCAGUCUGAACGACCUGAUUCUCAAGGUCGCAGGCGGCAAGGGACACCUCAUUGAAGACACAAUUUACUCCAACAUCAGACAGUAUGCGGAGAAGGUCAAGAUCUGGGACGACGAGGAGGGAGAAGAAGACUAUGGGAGCGAUGAGACGCCGAAGUAUGGCAUGCAUGCUGUUCCUGCUGAUGAGUUGAAAGAAUAG